AUGCUUAAAAGAGAUAGUUUAUCAAAUCUUCAUAGUAAAGAAACAAGAAGAUUUUCUCAUAACAAGGAAAAUUUUAGUUAUGAUUAUUCAGAAUAUUUGAAUUUAUGCUUAGAAGAAUAUAGAAAUAAUAUAUAUGAUUUAGAUUUAAUAAAUGACAAUGAGGAAUGUAUGCGUGAAUUGGUUAAUUAUUAUAAUUAUAUAUACAAAAAUUAUUAUGAAAAUAUCAUAAAUGUUUUUGAAAACAGUAAUAAUGAAAAACCAUAUACAAGUGAAAGUUAUUUUUUGAAACUCGAUCUUUUAAAUAAACAACAUAUAGAAGCUUUAUAUAAUAUUAGCAUUUUAAGUAUCUCAGAUAAACUCAAGUACUAUAUGUUAAGAGGUGAAAUAAAAAAAAAUAAAGAUUAUACUGAAGAGGAUAAAAUAGAUCAAGAAAAGAAUAAUGAAAAUAGAACACUUAAAAAAAAUAUGUUUACUAAUGAUGCUCUUAAACAAAAUAUCAACUUGACUGAUUUUACUAAUAAAACUAAAUAUUUAGAUAAAAACUCAAGAAUACAUGUGAAUGAUGAAUUGUCAUUAAAUGAAGUGAAAAGAGAGGAAUUCGACAUAAUAAAAUAUUUAUUUUACCUAAUAAGAUCAGUUGAGUACUCCAUAAGUUCAGAAAAUGGAAAUAUGUCAUCAUUUUAUAACUAUUUAAAAAUCUAUUUCUUUCGAGAUAGUGUUAAUGAAAAUUAUUAUAAUUAUAUUUACUUAUUAACGUUAUGUUUACAUUGUCUAGAAAAUAUUACCAGCAAUAUUGUUACAUUUGACAUAAAAGAGACUGAAAAUGAAGAGCUAAAACUAGUAAAUGAAAAAAGUAGUUCUUAUUUUAAUAUUGCAAAAAUGAAUACCUCACAAAAUAACAUAAAAAGAAAGUAUGUUACUUCAAAUCUUAGAAGUCAUCUUUCGUCAAAUGAUAAUAAUACUAAUUCUCAUCACAACAGCACAAUUAAUAACAAUACAAAUUAUUUGAGAGUAACAUCAAAAGAAUGCAAUUCAUUCAAAAUAUAUAAUAAUCAUAUUUACUUUUAUAAAAUUUUUUUUUAUCUCUUAAAUUUUUUAAAUUUUUAUUUAGAAGAUAUGAUAAAAGAUAGCUCUUUACUGUAUUCAGAUAUGAUGAAAAUGCACGCAGAAAAUAAUGUACGUAGAAAUAGAAAGGAGCAAAUUUUAACUUCUUCCAAUUUAUUAAAUGGAAGUACAAAUACUAAUUUAUCUUUUAUGGAUGGAAAGGAUGAAUUACUAUUUUUAGGUAAAAAUCGAGUCACAUACUGUAAUAUUCUAUUGAAGAGCUUAAAUAUAAUUAAUAACUUAAUGAAUUUAGAUGCUGUUAGAGAAAAAAUUAUGAAUUCAAGUGAUGAUCUUAAUGAAUUAAAAAUAUUUUUAUCAAAAUAUUAUAAAUAUUUAAAUGAAUAUGAUGAUAUUGAAGUGUAUAAAAAUUUUUAUAUUAGUUUAUACAAGACAUAUAUAUUCAUUUUUCCUGAAGAAUUAGAAAAAGAAAACUAUUUUUCUCCUAUGCUACUAUUUGAAAAUAUUGUAAAUAACGGUAAUUUAAUUAGAAUGAGAACUAUUAUAGACACACUUAUAUUCUGUUUUAAUGACAAAAAAUUUGUCUAUUUUUUUGAAGAAAAUAUAAAUAUAACAAAAGUGCUUUUUAUUUUUGUCACGUAUUCUUCCAGAUUGUUAUCUAAUAAACAGUAUGAACUUGUAACAAAUAUAUCAUUUCUCUUUUACAUAAUUUUAAUUAAAUUUCCAAAUGUUUCCAUAACAAUAUUUCAUAUUUUAAAUGAAAAUAAUGAUUAUAUUAUAAAAUAUAAUGAAGAUAAAAAAUUUAAUUCAAUUUUCAAUAAUAUAAAUGAACACAUAAAUAUGUUGUUUUUAUCAACUAUCCAUAAAAAUAAAAGUUUGGCAACAGUAAUUUCUCUCAUUUUCUCUAAAUUGAUACAUUUAUAUUGCCAAUUUUGUGCUAAAAAAAAUAAUUUAGAAAAUGUCCAAAAUAAUUUGAACAAUAAUUUUGCAUAUGGAACCCAUUUAAGUACAAAUAAUUAUAAUUUAAGAAAUUUAAAUAGUUCAUAUAUGAAUGUAAAUGGGCAAAACAUAAAUGCACCUGCAUAUAAUUUAUCGAAAAAUGUGAAUGCAAAUAAUUUAAAUUAUUCUUAUGCAUCAAAUAAUGAAAAUGAGGGAAAUAAAUUUUAUAAGGAAAUAUUUUGUAGGAUAUUUGAUAACAUAAAAACAAAUGAAAGAAAUGCUGUAAUAAAGGCUAUAUUAAUUAACUUACACAUAAUUCCAGAUGUUUAUUCUUCAAAUACUAUAUUUCAUAUAGAAGAAAAUAUCGAAAAAACAAGAUAUAUAAUUGUUAUUAUUAAUUUUUUAUUUACCUUAAUGAAAACAAAAUUUUACGAAACUAUACAUGAAAAUACUUUUGAAUACAUAGAUUAUUUUAUCGAAGAAUUAAAAAAAAGUGUUAAUAUGAAAAAUAUUAAAUUAGUUUGCGGGUAUAUAUCUCUAUUAUUAAAUUAUUCGUUAAAUAAAAAAACUAACAACUUAAAUGAAACAGCAGACUUAAAAUCUAGUAUAUUUAUAAAGAAUAUUCACUAUAAUAACCAACCUAAUAUUAUCAAAAUACAUAAAGCUUUGUACGAAUCAGGAGCAUUAACAUUUUUAAUAUCUUCUUUAUAUGAAUCAAAAGAUUCCCUAAUAAUUUAUAAUUGUGUUUAUUCAAUAUCAUUUCUCUUGUAUAAAAAAUCUAUUUUAGAUUAUGAUAAAAAUAUUGAACUUUCAAAUAUGAAAAUAGCAAUUUUAAAUAUAGUAAGGCAUUAUUAUAAUUUAGACAGUUAUUUAGAGAAAUAUACAGAAAAUUUCAUUGAUUACAAGGGUUUUUUAAAGGGAAACUCAAAAAAAAAUUUAUCGUUACAUGAAGAUGAUAAUUACAAUUCAUUAUUGAACAAGUUAAAUAAAAGAAAUUCUCAUGAAUUUGAUGAUAUAAAUAGAAAAUAUUUAUAUGAAGAAGAAAAUAGAUAUUUGUUAAGUGAUAAGAAUGAUAAUUAUUUACCAAAUCAUAUUAAUACUAAUUAUUCCCAAAAUCUCAAUAAAAAUAUUACUAGUAAUGAAAAUAUAGGAAACAAAAAUAUUUUCCCUUCUUUAAAAUAUAAAUACGCAAGUGCAAAUUACGAAAAUUCCUUUUUCCUUAAUUUUGAUAAAAUUUUUUUUGAAACAAUAAAAAAUAGAAAAAGUUCUUUUAAUUUUUAUUUUGAUACUAUUUAUAAUACGCAGUAUUUAUUUAAUUUUUUAUUACAUAAUUUUCUGUUUUAUUCAAAAGACGCAGAUGAAUAUUCAAAAAAAUAUUUAUUAAACAUUUUGUUGCACAAUAAUAUAACGAGGUCAUCUGAUAUUAGCUUUUAUUCCAAUAAAAUAAAAAACUUGAAUUCUCAAUUUAAUGAAUCCCAAUCAAGAUUAGAAAUUUAUAAACAAGAUCUUGAAAGAUAUAAAGAUGUUAUAAAUGUAUUAAAUAAAGAAAUAGAAGAGAAACAAAAUGCUCACAAUAUUUUAAUUCAAAAAAUUAGGAAAGAGAAUGAGAUUGAAAUUAAUAGAAAAGUUCAAGAAAAUAACAACUUGGAAAAUAUUAUUGCUCAAAAAAAUGAAAUAAUAGAUGAACUACAGAAAAAAUAUGAAGAAGUAUAUUUGCAAAAAAAAGAAACAGAAGAAGAAAAUGUAAACAUAAAAAAUAGAACAGUUUCAAUGGAAUCUUUACUAAAAUCUCUUCAAGCAAAAUAUACACAAAUACAAUCUCAAAAUAAAGCUCUAAAUAAUAAAUUAAGUGACCAAACAAAUAGAAUUAAUGAAGGAAUAAAUGUUAUUAAUUCUCUAACUAGUGAAAAUGAAAAAUUGAAAACAAUAGAAGAAAAUCAAAAUAAUGAAUUAGAAGGAACAUUCAAAAAAUUGAUUGUUGUCGUUAAAGAAUUAAGUGACAAAAAAAAAGAAUUAGAUGAAAAAGAAAAAAAAAUCAAAACAUAUAGUAGUGAUAUACAAGAGCUUAAAACUAUAAUAAACAAAAGUGACAAUGAAUUAAAGGAACAAGCAUUAAUAAUCGAAAAUUUCACAGGAUUAAACAAAAAUCUAAAUGAAGAAUUAAAUAAUGCCAAUAAAAAUUUAGAAAUAUCAAAAAGAUACCUUAUGAAUUACGAAAAAAAUGAAGAAGAAAUGAAAAAUAGAAUCAUGAAGUUAGAAAAGGAACUAUUUGAAAAGAAUGAGGAAUGCGAAAUAAAAACUCAAAAAUUACUUCUCAAAGAAAAGGAAUUAUCCGAUAAAGAAAUACAAUUAAAAAAAAUAGCAUCAGUCAUCAUAAACUAG